UUGUAAUAUUGCUGUAAUAGGGCGAUAUUCACAUCAAAUAAAGUUUUUUUUUUAACAUAAAAAUCAUCAUAUAAAUGUGGCAACUUCAACACCAGUGUGUCAUUCAAUUUGUGAUUUGGGCGUGGAAAAGGAACGAAAACAAUUUUGUUUUCUAUUUGUGAAAUAUAACCAUCAUGGGGGCCAGUAAUCGCACAACACGUAUAGCGGUUGGAAUUUCCGUUGUAUCCUUCUUAUUGUUUCUGAUUGCGUUCGUCACACCCUACUGGCUAAUCACAGACGGUCGUAUUGACAAUCCACGCUUUACAAAUCUUGGACUAUGGGAGGUGUGUUUCAAUAAUUUCCAGGAUAUACAUCGGUUUUACGAUACCGUCUUUGAUGGAUGCAUGUGGGUAUUCGAAGAAGAAUAUUACAUUAUACACGAUUUUCUUCUACCAAGUUUCUAUAUCGCUGUGCAAGUAUUUGCUACGCUCUGUUUCGUAUUGUGCCUUAUUGCAUUGCCGUUGACAUUAUCAUUUUUGCGUACCUCUCGUGACGACGACCGUUAUGUGUUCCUAUUGUUAACUAUUGGAUCCUGCCAAGUGCUGGCUUCUAUAUUUGGCUUUAUGGCUGUUGUAAUAUUCGGUGCGAAAGGAGAUUCCCGUGACUGGAUGCCAGGAUGGCAAAACAAUGAUAUGGGUUGGUCAUUUGCCUUAGCUGUGGUGGGUGGUGUUAUGUUAUUACCAGCGGGUAUAUUAUAUAUAGUAGAAGCAAGACGUGAACGUUAUCGUCAUUUAAAUGAAAUUAGUAAUCGUGAUAUAAGUGAAUAUGGUGGUCCUACAGAUGACUUUUAUCAACAACAAGCACAACAAUAUUUUGCACCAGAACCCACUAGACCAAGACGUCCCCCACCCGGCCAGAGUACGUCUGCCGCUGCUGCAGCAGCUGCUGCACUUCCCCAAGGAGGGCUACAAACUGACAUCUAAGUGGUAUUGCAGAAAAUAAUAAAUACAAACUAUUUAAAACUUCGAAAGGGAAUCUCGAAAAUCCGUCCAUUUUUUGUGAAAGCGCCAAAAAUAAGCAGCUUGAAAUCAUUCCAUGUUAUGUCUAGUUUUUAGUCAAUUAGUAUUUCUACUCCAGUACAAGUGUCUACAAAGUUUAUAUAACAGUAUCUAAAAAGUGUUUAUAAUUUUUACAAACAUAAGUCCGUCGAAUAAAUAUGUAACUGAACAUACAUAUCAUUUAAUGAAAAAAUCUAAGAAAAUAUGCGAAUCAUUCGAUAUACACGAUAUACUUUUGUCUUUUAUAGAUUGUUAUAUUCGUAAAUUAUGUCUUUUAUAUAUAAUUUUUACAGAACUCGAAUAAAGAUUUUUACAUACAAAUUUAUAUAUACAGUUAGAGUUUUACUUCAGUUGAUUGAAUGAUACUUUACUCAAUUCUAUGUUACGAAAUAUUUGUAUAGUUGACAUUGCGCAUUUGUUCCGUACUUGUACAUUAUUGGUUUCAGGGGUUCCGCAAAAGUUUGUUCGAGAUUAAUUAUAUUAUCCUUAAGAAUUACACGUAGAAAAUAGUGUCCAAGCAGUAAGUGAAAACAUUUAAAUGGCACGAAAGCCAAUUACAUUUGAAGCUGUCGCAUUUUUCUUAACCUU